AUGUUGCUAUAAAUAAGGCUAGAAAGGCUAAGUGGGCCAAGAUACAGAUUUGCCUCUUCAGCUGCGAGGGCGAAAUCAUCAGAAGGGUCUUCUUGCAAGGGAUAAUCCACAGGCUUGAAAUACUUCUUGGGGCUGCCGUGUGCUGCUCAGUUACACUUGAGCCUGGGAAACAAGAGGUCAGGGUCAUCAGGCAGUGCUGUGUGCCGCUGCCUACCCGGGAAGGCCAAAGACUGCUAGGAUGGCGGCCAGGAUCCUGCUGGGACUUGCUUGUCUCUGCUCCCCGUUGGCUGCUCUGGUUCUGGACUUCAACACCAUCCGGAGCUCCACAGAAAUCUCCAGCUCCAAGAAGAGUGCGCAGUGCUUGACAGACAAGGACUGCCCGGCCGGGAGGUUCUGCCACAAGCCCUGGGAGGAGCUGCCCUUCUGUGCCACGUGCCACGGGCUACGGAGAAGGUGCCAACGCACGACCAUGUGCUGCCCGGGGACCCUCUGCGUGAACGAGAUAUGCAGUCUAGUUGAGAAGACAGCUCUGGUUGAAGAAAAGAAGCGCGUUGAGCAGACUGGCUCGGAUUCACGAGACGUGCCCCAGAGCCCAGCUGAAGCAGGGCACGUCGUGAAGAAAGGAAGCGCCCAAAGGCCGCCACGUAAUGAUGGAGCUCAAGAGGGAGAGAAAUGCCUCCGCACGUCAGAAUGUGCUCCUGGGCUGUGCUGUGCACGUCACUUCUGGGCCAAAAUCUGCAAGCCGGUCCUGACAGAGGGGCAGGUGUGCUCCAAGCGAGGGCAAAAAGAAGGUGCUCAGGGGCCCGAGAUCUUUCAGCGCUGUGACUGCGGCCUGGGUUUGUGGUGCCAGGUGUCAAGCGGGACGUCCCAGCACUCACGCUUAUGGGUCUGCCAGCGAAACUGACAGGCGUGCAAAGCUUCAGGAGCCCUUUGAUGACAGAAAUCCAGCAGUAGACGCACCCAGCCCCAUGAGAAACAGACACCUGCUCUGCUGCCCUGAAUAGACCACACAGGUGGACCUCUUCAGAUUGGUACAGCGGGAAGCACAACAGCCCCUGAGACCUGUGUCUCUCCGUUUGGCUCGUACACACGAACAGCACACUUCCAAAUGGAGACGGAGAUCUCGCAUUGCUCCCUGCGGCCCAUCUAGUCCAGCUGAAUGCCUCUGGGAAGUUCACGCUGGCCAGCUGAAGGAGGAGGAAGUGGUGGUGGUGGUGGUACUGCUGCUCCCGGGACAGGAAGACCUGCGUCCCUCCCUUAUUAGCACAGCGGCUGACACGGUUACAGAUCCCACCUGCAGCUCCAGGGUAGGGGCAGCCAUGUGGCCGGGCAGCAUAGAAAGAGGGCAAUCUUGUCCCGUAUGCAAAGGUGUGUGCCUUACAAUCUGUGGAACCUUUUGCCAUCAAGACUAAUGGGAUUUCUGUAUUAAAAAGAUUUUAUGGAAGUUGAAGUAUUUAUGUGGAUGGAAGUUUUAUGAACGACUACUUGUUAGG